UCUGAUUGACGUGCAAAGGAGGAGUUUUAACAGUUAAGAUAAGAAGGAACAUUACUUCGUAUAAUAAGCAAAUAUGUCUUCCAACUGCAGUAUUCGUGAAAGAUGAUUUUGAAAGGAUUGGUACUUGUCACAAUAUUCUUUGCUGCAAGAAUGGACGUGCAAUGCUUUAUCCUGUGUGAAAUGCCCAACUGUACACACGUUGAGCACAGUCCGGUGUGCGGGACAAACCAGAUUACUUACAACAACUCCUGUCUACUAGAAAGGCAAAGCACUGAGAAUAUUUGUCUCAAAGGAGAUUUUAACCCAAUAGUCAAAGUUUAUGAUGGGCCCUGCAAGAAACACGACAGUACAACGUCUGGGUCUGUUAUCACCUGAGUAUUAAUACCAUAUCAAGACGACUCUCAAAUCAAUCUGAGAUGAAUUACAAUGUUGUUCCGUUGAAAUACUUCUUGGAAAUUAUUUCAGUACAGAUAUGAUGUUUGAAAUGUUAUUUUCGAUCGACGAACAUGGGUGCGCUUUAGGAUGUUUAUGUUACCACGGGUUGUUGCGCUUGCAAUAAGAUAACGAAUAUACCGGGCCUGACUUGUGAAACUGUUUGUCUUUGUCAUAUUUGUAUUUGCUUGUUGUUCUUGCUUUGUUAUUUUGUACUUUUGAUAAAGAUAUUUAACAUGU